CACUCAGCUAUCAACCAUUUGGCAUCAGUCAAAAACUAACCAUGGCUUCUUCAUCUACAAAAACUUUACUUUCACUCUCUCUCUUUUUAACCCUUUGUGCUCUCUCUCAAGCCACUUACUCUGGUUUAAUUCUAACCCUAGUUAACAACUGUCCUUACACUAUCUGGCCAGCCAUUCAACCAAAUGCCGGACACCCAGUUCUCGAACGCGGCGGCUUUGCACUUCACACACUCACACACCGCUCUUUUGCUGCACCGACUACCCACUGGUCCGGUAGAAUCUGGGCUAGAACUGGCUGUAGUUACGCUCACGGUAAGUUCAACUGCGCCACCGGCGACUGUGGGGGCCGUAUAGAGUGUGAUGGACUUGGUGGGGCCACCCCUGCCACGUUGGCACAGUUUGUUCUACACCAUGGACAUGCUGAUUUCUCGUCUUAUGGUGUUAGCCUUGUCGAUGGUUUCAAUAUUCCUCUAACUGUAACUCCACACGAAGGUAAAGGACAGUGUCCAGUGGUUGGGUGCAGGGCUGAAAUUUUGCAAACUUGUCCAGCAGUUUUGCAGUUAAGGUCACAUGGUGGACAUGGACCAGUUGUUGGGUGUAAGAGUGGGUGUGAGGCAUUUAAAACUGAUGAACUCUGUUGUAGGAAUCAUUUUAAUAGUCCACAGACUUGUAAGGGUUCGAGUUAUUCCGAGUUUUUUAAGCAUGCUUGUCCUGCUACUUUUACUUAUGCUCAUGAUAGCCCUUCACUUAUGCAUGAGUGCUCGUCUCCGCAUGAGCUUAAGGUUAUUUUCUGUCACUAAAAUGGAGCAAAAAAGCUCAUAUAUUGAUGUCAAUGACAUUUGACAUUGGUGGUGAGUGAAGAGGAUCUUAUUUAAUUUGUAAGUGCAAGAAAAAUAGAGUUUGAUGUGGGGAAGGGGAGUAUGGAUUAGGACUAUUAGACCUAGGAUUUGCUUUGUUAAAUUAGUUGGGUGGGGUUGGGGUUGGGUUUAAGGUGUUUUGUGUUGUAUGGGAUUUGAAGUUUGUAAGGUAAUGCCAUGUUGUUCAA